AUGCGGCUGGCGCUCACCGCGGCGUCCGCGAUCGCGGCGGAAUCCGCGACGUUUCCGAUCGACAUCACCAAGACGCGCCUGCAGCUCCAAGGUGAGGGAUCGUCGAUCGCUCGUGGUUGUAAUGCUGGUCACAGAGGGGCAUUUGGCACUGUUUACGGGAUCGCGAGGGAGGAGGGAUUGCGCGGGCUCUACAGAGGAUUGUCGCCCGCGCUGCUGAGGCACGUCUUUUACACCAGCAUCCGGAUCGUGAGUUACGAGCAACUGCGAAGCUUCUCUUCUUCCUCGGAUCAAAAUCAAGCUUUUUCGUCCCUGGCCGAGAAAGCAGUCAUAGGUGGUGCUUCGGGAAUCAUUGGACAGGUGGUGGCGAGCCCCGCCGACCUUAUAAAAGUGCGGAUGCAAGCCGACGGGCGACUUGUGAAGCUCGGCCACGCUCCCAGGUACACAAGCGUCGCCGACGCUUUCCACAAAAUAAUGGCGAGCGAAGGCGUGCUUGGGCUGUGGAGGGGAGUAGGCCCCAACGCACAGCGCGCCUUUCUCGUCAACAUGGGCGAGCUCGCUUGCUACGACCAGGCCAAGCACAAAAUCAUACAAAAUGGCGUCUGUGGGGACAACGUUGUUGCGCACACUCUGGCGUCGCUGCUCUCGGGGCUCUCGGCCACGCUGCUCAGCUGCCCGGCCGACGUUGUCAAGACGAGGAUGAUGAACCAGGCCGGCCAGAGCUACAGGAGUUCGCUGGAUUGCCUGGCCAAGACCGUGACAUCCGAGGGCGUCACGGCCCUGUGGAAGGGAUUCUUUCCGACUUGGGCUCGCCUCGGCCCCUGGCAAUUUGUUUUCUGGGUGUCGUAUGAGCAAUUGCGUCGUUUUGCCGGUCUAUCAUCCUUUUAAAAAGUCCCCUUUUGUCCCGUUGAAAAGGUUGAAAAAA